CGGUUAAGAUAGAAACAUUCGAGAAAAAGGAAUGGCUAUCUCGUUUUCUCCCUAAUCAACACGAAUCCGAAGAAAAAAGCUUGGGACAAUCGCAACCAUAACAAUGUUUUCUCUCCAAAUGAACCUCUUUCCCUCACCAAUGCUACCAACGCAAUCCUCAACAAAAACCCUUCCCACCACCACCACCACCAGGCGACGAGCAAUACUCUUCAAUUCAAGCCUCGUAGUUGCCUCAUGGCUCAAUCUCCUCAAUCCCACUUCAUCACUAUCACAGCAGCUGCAAGAUGAACUUCAACAACAAGAAGACCACCUUGUGCAACUUUUUCAGGAAACUUCACCAUCAGUUGUUUCCAUUAAAGAUAUUGAAUUGGCCAAAGACCCCAAGAACCCUUCUAAUUUCGCCGUGCUAGAUGACGAUGAAGAUGCGAAAGUGGAAGGCACUGGUUCAGGCUUCAUUUGGGAUAAAUUUGGUCACAUAGUUACAAAUUACCAUGUUGUAGCUAAACUGGCUACUGAUACGAGUGGUUUACAACGUUGUAAGGUUUUCCUAGUUGAUGCUAAAGGGAAUAGAUUUUCAAGGGAAGGGAAAAUAGUUGGUUUUGAUCCAUCAUAUGAUCUAGCUGUUUUGAAGGUUGAUGUUGAUGGAUACGAAAUAAAUCCUGUUCUUCUUGGUGAAUCUAAGAAUUUACUUGUCGGGCAGAGUUGCUUUGCCAUUGGGAAUCCUUAUGGAUAUGAGAAUACUCUCACAACAGGGGUGGUCAGUGGUUUAGGCCGCGAGAUACCUUCCCCGAACGGAGGGGCUAUCAAAGGAGCUAUUCAAACAGACGCAGCUAUUAAUGCAGGAAAUUCGGGUGGACCAUUGAUUGACUCUCAUGGCCAUGUUGUUGGAGUAAACACUGCCACCUUCACAAGGAAAGGGACUGGAGCUUCAUCAGGUGUUAACUUUGCAAUUCCCAUAGACAGUGUAAUCAGAAGUGUACCAUACCUUAUUGUAUAUGGAACACCUUAUAGUAAUAGGUUUUGAAUGUCCAUGUGUAAUCAACUUUUUUGUGGAACACCUUAGAGAAACUCUUGAUCUCAUCAUAUUCACAUUCAAGUUUUACAUAGUAUAUAUGCAAUAAAAUUCACUUACAUGCUUUUCAAAAAUAUGU